AAGUUUGUUUACUUUGUGCUGUACAUUGUUAUAACCGACCUAGAUCUCGAUCUAUAUCUAGAUCUAGGUCAACUGUAGACUAAUUUCUAAAUGCUAAUACUAAUUAUAAUACACUCUAGACACUAAUUAAAGAUCUAGACAUAGAUCUAGAUCUCUAUAUUUAUAGAUCUAAUACAUUAUUAACGGUUAACGUCAGGCUAAGGUUUUCUAGAGCAUUUAUUUUCAUAUAAGACUCUCUGGAGUCUAUUCUAUAAUAGACUAUAUACUUCACUAUCGUGACUAUAGUUAAUAAAUAAUAUACAUUAUAAUAAUAAUACAUCUAUACUAUAUAGACUCUAGACAGUAUACUGAGUAUAGAGUCAGCUAGAAUUUCUUAGUAUUAGUAUUAGAUCUAGAAUCUAGUUAAAUCUAGUAUUAGAGUCUAGUAAUAAUAAUUAGUCUUAUUAUAUUAUUAUUAGACAGUCACAGUAGAAUCAUCAUCUUCAUUUAUUAUUUAUGAUACAGUAGUCACAAUACUCAAUAGUGUCAAAAGACAGUCACAAUAGAAUAGAAAUUUAGAAUAGAUAGAUUUUAGAUCUAGCCUCCACUACAAGUCAACGUCAACAUUUACUACAAAAUAGUCUACAUCACUACUAGUCUAGUAGAUCAGAUCUACAUGAUGAGUACAUGAUUCAUUUCAUGUUUUAACUAGGACUAGAGUCUUUACUAGCUAGAGUACUUUUAUAGUAUUUAUUAUAAACACGUUACACAAACAUUUAGAUUUUAGAUAUAGAUCUAGAAUAAUAUAGAUCUAGAUCUACUAUAUUUUGAUAUAGAAAUAAAAUUAGAUUCUAGAAUCUAGAUCAGUAUAUUGAAUAAUAUAGAUUUAUAGAUCUAUUCUUGGUCUUACAAUAAAAUGAGUACCAAUACAAGUGCAGUAACUAAUGUUCAGCUCUGGGUUUCUGAGCUAACUAUGAGCAUUGUAGUCAGCAUCAUUGUUAUUGCUGUUACCGUUUUGGUUAUUCUUUUCUUUGGGGUAUGGAAGUACAAAUUAAAAGUGCUACCCAGCCAGACAGAGGCAACAAAAAGGUACAGGUUUCGAAAGAGAGACAAAGUUAUGUUCUUUGGGAGAAAAAUGUUGAGAAAGGUGAAAAGCUUCACACGUAACACUGUUGGAGGACCAGGUGGAGGCAUGAGGCGUAAACCAAGUCACAAGCAAAUGAUUGCAAGAAUUAGAAGUGCCAUUGAAGAAACAAGGUUCCUGGCUCAUAGGAAAGAUCCAAGCAAGCCCCGGUUGAAACAGCAAAGUCCACCACAGUCUUUUCUUGAAGCUGAUUGGUCAGAUAUCAAUGAUGACCACAGAUUGCCUCCAGAAGUUCUCUACAUGCUACGUAGUAUCAGGGUGUUUGGUCAUCUAGAGAAGCCAUUCUUUCUGGAACUGUGUAGAUACAUGGAGACCAUCACACUCAGGGCUGGUCACUUCCUGUUUAAAAUUGGGGAUCCUGAUGACAGUAUCUAUGUUGUGCAGAAUGGCAUGUUGGAAGUAUACAUCACAGAUGUGGAUGGCACUGAACAUCUGAUCAAACAAGUGGCCACUGGGAACAGUAUCCACAGCCUUUUAUCCAUCUUGGAUGUACUCACUGGUCAUCCUGGUUCUUUUAAAAGUGUUUCAGCAAGAGCUGUUACAGAUUCUACAAUUUUGAGACUCCCUGCUCAUGCCUUCAAGUCAAUGUUUGAAAAGUUUAACCAGUCAGCAGUUAAAGUUGUUCAGAUCAUUAUGAUACGUCUUCAACGAGUAACGUUCUCUGCUUUGCACAAUUAUUUAGGUUUGAGUAAGGAGCUGCUGAAAUCUGAUGUUCAUGUGGAUCCCAAAGAUCUUCAUAUUCAUCGCAUUAACCGUACAGGUACAGGCUCCCCAAACAUGGGAAGUCCCUUGAGGCAUCCACCAAAUUCUAACAUUGAGCCAACAAAAGAUGAAGAUAGCAUUUGUCUUGGAAUUACAAUUGGAACAGCACCUAAAAAACCUUUGAUCAGCAGACCACUGAGUGAAUCUGGCUCACAGUUGUCAGACUUUGAUGCUGCACUUAUGAGAGCCAGGGCUUCAGUAUCAGAUGAUAAAAGUAUCGUGUUGAGUGGAUCACCUCCUAGAAAAGUGAAUUUCACUCAGCCUGGUUUUAGUGAAUCAUCUCCAUCAUCUUCUUAUCGUUCACGAAAUAUUCCUGAUGAAGAAAUGAUUUUAAAUCUGGCACUCAAAGAUUUGAUUUCUAUUCUUGGACUGAAGGAUCCAAGUCUUCUAGAUUGUAGGGUGAAAUUAAGUUUUGUUUCUUCUGGUUCAUUGUUAUGUAAACAAGGCGACCAAGAUACAAGUUUGUUUUUCCUGGUUAAGGGAACAAUCAGUGUCCUGCAAAAUGUUGUUGGUGAAUCUGGAAAAGAGGUUCUAAUGUUCCAUGCUGAGCCAGGGGAAAUCAUUGAUGUUCUAAGUGUACUGACUGGUGAGCCUUCUUUUUUCACCAUGAGGGCCAGAACAGAUGCCAUCAUGGCAAUCAUCACUAAACAAGAUUUCUACCAAAUCAUGAGAAUUGAACCUUUUAUUGUCCUCAAUUUGGCUCACUGUACAGUCAAGCGCAUGUCUCCAUUUGUACGUCAGAUUGACUUUGCUCUUGACUGGCAGAUGUUAGAGGCAGGGAAAGCUCUGUUCAGGCAAGGUGAUACCAGUGACAGUAUCUUCAUUGUACUAACUGGUCGUCUGAGGUCAGUUAUUACACUUGUUGGUGGCAAAAAAGAGUUGGUCAAUGAAUUUGGCCGUGGUGAGUUGGUUGGAAUUGUAGAAGUACUCACUCAGAAUGAGAGAGCCACAACAGUCCUGGCUAUAAGAGAUACAGAGUUGGCUAAAAUACCUGCCGAGUUACUCAACCUGAUUAAGUUGCGAUAUCCUCAAGUUGUUGCAAGGCUGAUACACUUACUGGGGACCAGUAUCUUGGGGAAUCUACAACAAAAGAACACUAUGACUCUUCAGACUUCUAUCUCUAGAGAAAGUGAUGCUUAUUCCAAAAUGGAAAGAACCACUGUUGCCAACUUGUCCACUAUUGCUAUAGUUCCAGUAACUGAAGAUGUCCCAACAACGAACUUUGCUUUAGAGCUUCAGCAUGCUUUACUGACUAUAGGUCCAACGGUCAGAUUAACUCCUGACAUCGUCAAAGCAAGACUUGGGGAAGCAGCAUUAGAUAGUGUGAAUGAAUUCAGUUUGUUUAACUGGCUGAGUCAACAAGAAGACAUUCAUCGCAUGUGUCUGUACCAGUGUGACUACCAGCUGACCAAAUGGAGUAAGCACUGUCUGAAACAAGCUGACUGCAUUCUGAUAGUAGGCCUAGCACACAAGGAGCCAACCAUUGGACCAAUAGAGAAAGAGUUGGAGAGUAUAGCUGUCCGUGCCCAAAAAGAGUUGAUCCUGCUCCACAAAGAGGACACAGAGAGCCCUAAAAAUACAGCUGAGUGGUUGAAUGUUAGGGGCUGGCUUUCCUCGCAUCAUCACAUACGCUGUCCUAAACGUGUUUUGAGAUCCAAGUCUCCUGCCAAAACUCUGGAAUUAUACGAACAUCUGUUUAAGACUGAGCCAGACAGGAUGGCAGAUUUUUCACGUCUUGCAAGAUUCUUAACUGGUACAUCAGUUGGUCUCGUACUUGGUGGAGGAGGUGCCCGAGGCCUAGCCCAUGUAGGCAUGAUCAAAGCUAUGCAGGAAGAAGGCAUUCCAAUUGAUAUGGUGGGUGGUACUAGCAUGGGUGCUUUCAUUGGUGCCUUGUGGGCAGAGGAGAGAAACUAUGUGCGUUUCACACAACGAGCUAGGGAGUGGUCUGUUGGCAUGACAUCACUCUGGAAAAAAAUUUGGGAUUUAACUUAUCCUGUCACAUCUAUGUUUACUGGCUGGGCAUUCAAUGAGUCCAUUGAAAAUGUCUUUCAUGACCGUCAAAUUGAAGAUUUAUGGAUUCCAUAUUUCUGUAUCACUACAAAUAUUUCCAGCUCUAGUAUGAGAGUGCAUUCUCUAGGAAGUCUUUGGCGCUAUGUUCGGGCCAGCAUGUCUUUCCAUCCUUAUCUUCCACCACUCUGUGACCCAAAUGAUGGCCAUUUGCUGCUCGAUGGCGCUUAUAUCAAUAACCUCCCAGCUGAUGUCAUGCACAAUCUGGGUGCUAAGUUUGUAUUUGCUGUAGAUGUAGGCAGCCAGGACGAAAAAGAUUUGACAAAUUAUGGCGACUGCCUGUCAGGGUGGUGGUUGCUAUGGAAACGCUGGAACCCUUGGGCCAAACCAGUUAGAGUACCAGAUAUGACAGAGAUACAAUCCAGACUGGCCUAUGUGUCUUGUGUCAGACAGCUGGAAGUGGUAAAAAACUCAGACUACUGUGAGUACAUUAGGCCACCCAUUGACCGCUAUGCUACUUUGCAGUUUGGGAGUUUCGAUGAAAUUGUUGAAACUGGUUAUCAUCAUGGAAAGACAUUAUUCUCUGCCUGGUCUAAAGGAGGUCUACAAGACAAACUGUUUAAAGACUCUGAACUUCUGGCCAAACAGUCAAAGGCCCACAAGGAGAGAAAUCUAGCAAUUAGUCAAAUUCCUGUCAUGGCUUAUUUCACUGAUCUAGCGGAACAAGUUUCCAAAAUAGAAAACCCCAAAAGUACAUUUUACCUUUCUGCUGAUUCCGAGGAGGAAGUGAUUGAUGAAGAUGAUGAAGACCCAGCCCACAUGUUGGAAGGCUAUGAAGAAGAUGACGAGUUUGCCCGUAGUGAUCAGGAUGAGGAAAUAAGUGACGAUGAAACCUGUGUUAAAAGCAAGGUGACCUCAAUCAUUACCCCUUUAUAUAGGUUAGGUGUAAUAAGCCAAUCUUCUCUCAUCAGCCUGAGAGGGACCUUAAGUGACACGACUGAGUUGAAACAUCCCACAGUUAGGCUUGGAAAGAAUUCUGCAGACUCACUCAACUACAGGAUGAAACCUCACAAGUCCUCUGCCCUCCCAGCCAAGAUCAGCAAACCAAGUUUCACUCAGGAACAGAUUGAUGCUCUGGCUAACGAUGAAUCCCUUCUGGCAUUCCUGAUCACGCCAUGGGCUUUCAGCUCUCGUGGUGGAGCAGAUGAUGUUGACCAAUUAAAAUCAGGCCCAUCAUGUCAAGCUGACUUAUUUAAAAAAGUAAACUCUGUUGCAACAACAUUGAAAUACAAACCUGAUCAAGUUUUAAGUGAUAGCCUGUUAAAUGAAGCAGAUCUAAACUGGGUCAAAAGUCAGUUAUUUAAAACCAACUCUUUGCGAAGAAUUCAACUUCGAAAAACUGUGAGCUGCAAAGAUAUUGGAAGUGUUUCUAGAAAUAUCCAUGAAAUUGAUGACCCUGAACCUCAAGUUUGUGCAAAUAUCAGCAAAGUAAGGCCUACUGGAUCAGCUGAAUCUUUUCUGGAGAUUCCAAAUCAACAGGUGCAGUUGGCAACUGAUGCUGAAAAAAAAGUAAAAUUUUCAAACACACCAGAGACAAAAAUUCCAUUGUAUUUCAAGUCUUGUGUUAAUGACAUACAUAAAGAUGUUAGGAGAGGCGAUGCCCCUGCUCAACAAAACGUCAAUAAACCUUGUCUGUUGAUUGCAAAAGAUGUUGGCACUGAAAAUUCUCAUUCUCUGCAGAAUAAAGAUGUUGGCCUUGAUAAGCCUCGUCACCAUGUUAAAGAUGUAGGCACUGAAAAUUCUCAUACUUUGCAGAACAAAGAUGUUGGUCUUGACAAGCCUUGUCUGUUUCUUUGUAAAGAUGUAGGCACUGAAAAUUCUCAUACUUUGCAGAACAAAGAUGUUGGUCUUGAUAAGCCUUGUCUGUUUCUUUGUAAAGAUGUAGGCACUGAAAAUUCUCAUACUUUGCAGAACAAAGAUGUUGGUCUUGACAAGCCUUGUCUGUUUCUUUGUAAAGAUUUAGGCAGUGAAAAUUCUCAUACUUUGCAGAAUAAAGAUGUUGGCCUUGAUAAGCCUUGUCUUUUUCUUUGUAAAGAUGUAGGCACUGAAAAUUCUCAUACUUUGCAGAACAAAGAUGUUGGUCUUGACAAGCCUUGUCUUUUUCUUUGUAAAGAUGUAGGCACUGAAAAUUCUCAUACUUUGCAGAACAAAGAUGUUGGUCUUGACAAGCCUUGUCUGUUUCUUUGUAAAGAUGUAGGCACUGAAAAUUCUCAUACUUUGCAGAACAAAGAUGUUGGUCUUGAUAAGCCUUGUCUGUUUCUUUGUAAAGAUGUAGGCACUGAAAAUUCUCAUACUUUACAGAAUAAAGAUGUUGGGCUUGAUAAGCCUUGUCUGUUUCUUUGUAAAGAUGUAGGCACUGAAAAUUCUCAUACUUUACAGAAUAAAGAUGUUGGGCUUGAUAAGCCUUGCUUAUUUCUCUCUCAAGAUGUAGGCAUUGAUAAUUUUCAUGAUCUUCAGAAGAAAGAUAUUGGUAUUGAUACAUUUCCUGUGUUUGAAACUAAAGAUGUUGGUAUAAAUCCUGUUAUGCAGAGCAAAGUUAUUUGCCCUGAGGCAGCUGAGUCCUUUCAUCACUUAAAUGUUAACACAGAUCUUAACCAGAUGUCUGAAACUGAAGGAAUUAGUGUUGAAAGUCUGGGCCUAAAUAAAAUCUACAUCUGCACAGACAGCUCUCAGGUCAAAGAAAUGAACAAUGCAUCAGGCUGUAUUUUAAAACAUCCUCACACCCUAUUGGCUUUCAAUAUCAACAGUGAUGUAUCUAGUCAGCAUCAAGAAGUUGAUUCCAUUUCAAGAACUGCUCAUACUUUUUUUACCCCCAUCAAGGAAACAUUGGGCCAGCCUGAAAAUGUCUUCACAGAUAAGUCUCCACCCCAAAGUACACACGUUGAAGAUAGGAUAGAAAAACCUCAAGCACAUAUUCUUGAUUCUUGCAAAAAUAAAUCUCCUUCUAAAAGUGUUGAACUAAUGAAAAAAAAAACAUCUAAAUAUUUUGGUAACAUCAAGGAAAGAUCUCAGCCACAAGUUCUUGACACUUCCAAAGAUCAAUGUCCACAUCUUGAUGUUGAUUCUCUCAUAAAAAGAUUUCAAAACAAAAUUCUAGAGGAUGUCAAUGAUAAGUCUCAACUCCAAAUUCUUGAAGUGACUGAUGUUAAAGCUAGCAAAGCUAACCAAAAUGUGAAGGCCAUGGAAGAACAAUCUCAUCCUGAAAUGAUUGAUUCUGUCUCUGAAAAUACUAAAGUUAUUAGGGAUUCCUCUUGUCUAAAACAAAGUUUAACUGCCAUUAUCCAUGAAUCCUAUAUGACAGAAACUUCAACAAGUGAAGACUCUCUGGUAUUGUUCUCUGAUCUCAAUUUAAAACAUCAUGAACAAGAAUUCAGUUCAUAUGUUGAGCGUCAAAUCUCUUUUUCACAAGAAAAAUCAUUGCAAUUAUGUUUAAACAUAGCCAGUGAGAAGAAUUUGUCUGAAGAUAAUAAUUUGAAUACUGAAAUUAUUAGAAAAAGAAACCAGCCAGAACCAUGGAAUAGAAAUAUAAGUCCUGUAGAGUUAGCAGCCUGUGAAGUGGUUCAAGAAACAUCAUAUAAUGGUAGCCUGACAGGUGAAAUAUAUAGAAGUUUGCCAACUGAAUUCAAGUUGCCUGAAAUAAUAAUUGAUAACUAUGAUAAAACAGUAGACUUAACAUCUCCUUGGGAGGAGAACAGUGAAAGUAUUAGCAAUCAGCUUUUGUGCCAGGCAAAAUCUAAGACCAGUCCAGAUGCUGUCUUAGCUCCAGCUCAUUUAGCUCCAAUCAGCAAUGACUAUGGCCAUGAGUCUUUAGACAAUGUUUGGUGCUCUCCUAGCUUUGGUGGGCUCCCUGUGAUCUCAAGAGAUGAUUAUUGUGACCCUAAGGAUGAGGUUUCUUGCUCUACCAUCAGCAGUUAUCACACUUGUGACCUCAUUGGGAAUGAGAAAGUUGACAUGGGCACAUCAUCAACUUUGCCCAGGAAUCCACUCAGCAUCCAGCGUUCCAUAAAGACAACCAAGAAUAAGACAAAACAAAGCAUGCCGAAACUAGAAAACUCUAAAAAUAAAAUGACCAAGCCUGUUAAAAUAGGUUCAUCUUUGUCCAGAGAAAUCAUAACAAAGAAAACAUCCACCAGUAAAAAGAAAGAAUUCAAACAGGAUAAGAAAUCUAAUGUGAAUUCCACAUCUGAAAGUCCAUGUCUAAAGAAGCUUGAAAAAUUUAGCUCUCUUCCUAUUGAUCUGAAAAACAAUAUUGCUCAAGAUAGUCCUUGUGUGAAAAAGAGUAAAAAAAAAGAGAGAUUAAAAAUAAAAACAGGAGUUUCUAGCCCCGACAUGAAGCCUGAAACCUUCACCCAAGAAUCUUCAGCUUCAUCUGAAGGGUUGAGCUAUAACCUGCUUCAAACUUACGAAACAAAACAAAAACUUGGAGUUUCUAAGCAAAACAAACAGUCGGUCAGUAAAAAAAAACUAUCAACAACUUCUAUUAAAAGUGAACGUGGCUAUUUGCUCGGUAAAUCCCCACCAGUCUCAAAACUAAAGAAGAAGAAAAUCAUGUCCAUGGAGGCAAGCCCAGCAUCAGAGAAAUCAUUCUCCUCAGCCAUAGCUAGUUCACCCUAUCCUCUGAGUUCCCUUUCAGACAGCCCAUCCUGCACAGCUGUCUUGACAGAACCCAUAGAGAUAAUGGCUUCCCCCAGAUCCAAAAGCUGGAAAGAUGAAAUCCUUUUAACUGACUACUCCAAAAGUGUGGAAGAUCUUGGUAAAAAAGGCUUUGCUAAAGUCAAGCGUAAACUUUCUAAGAGGAAGCAAAAGCAGCUGAAGAUUGUCAACUUCUUGAAGAGGAUGGAGGGGAUAGAGAUGAAACCAAAAAAGGAAGUUGAAUUACCAAAAGUGAAAAGUGAACAGCUACUCCCUCUGGUGGAUCAUUUCACUAAAAUGAUUGACACCAGGUCAAAAAAGGCUCUCACUGAAUCAAGCAAUGAGACAAAGACUUUGCCCAAGUCUGGCAAAGUUCCUUGCUUUGUAAGCAGUGCCAGCUGCCUGUUGAAAAUAUCCCCACAAGACAUUCAAGAUAGAAACUGGAUGGGUUCCAAGAGGUUUCUUUCCUUGAGAAGCUGCUGUCAGACUAAAAGUAACAGAUCUAAAAGCUCAGAAAAGCAAAUCAGAAAAGCCUUCCCAAGCUGAAAUUCUAAAUAGAGAUAGUACUAAGUCUUGCAAUGGUUCCUUUGUAAAGCAGUGGAACUACUGUAGAGAUUACUGGUAUUCAUUUUACUUAAUGCAACUUGUGGUAAUGUUAAUCCAGCAUAUUUAGAAGAAAUGCAACAUUCUGAACAUUAUCUCUUAUAGUAGUUCAGAAAUCUUCAUCUUUAGUAGACAUUUUUUUUUUUCUCUCUAUCAUGUUUCAUCUAUCAUCAUUAACAUCAAGAAAAACAAUGUAUUAAAAGAAAUAUUAAACAUCUUGCAUAUAAUCAA